CUCUUUAACCGGGUGACCUAAGAUACCCAUUGUCUUUCUAUUCGUCUGUGCAGGCACUUUUAAUAUUGCGUCCUUAUUUACAAUCAUCGUGAACUAUAGCCACCUUCAGCAGGCUCUGAAUAGCAAGGGCAUCUAAUUUGGCACCUUGCCUACACCACAUUCAUCAUGUCGUCUUACACCUCAUCUCUCACAGGCCGUGAGCGGUCAAGAUGGCCGCCUCUCACGCGAAUGCUCAUGUCUGGCGAGAUGUCAGAAGAGAAGGGUCGCGCGCUGACCCGCAAAGAAAGAUUUGACGUGUGGAUGGUCAACGAAGGAUACCGACGACUUUUUGUCUUCACAUUUGCGAUCUUGCACGUUAUGGUCUUUGUGUUCGGUAUGAUGAACUACGGACUGAAGGAUAAUUCAAUAGGCACACGUGCGAAGUUUGGCAUAACUUUUCCUAUUGCUCGUUCGGCAGCCUUGACACUACACGUCGAUGUAGCCUUCAUUCUCUUCCCCGUGUGCAGGAACCUGAUCUCGAUGGCUCGUCGCACACCACUGAACGACAUCAUUCCCUUCGAUAAGAACAUCACAUUCCACAAACUCGUCGCAUGGGCCAUUGUGUUUUUCUCUUGGGUCCACACCAUUGCUCACUGGAACAACCUCGCCAAAUUUGCCGCAGUCAACGAACUUGGCUUCAUGGGCUUCAUUCUCGCCAACCUAGCCACAGGACCUGGCUGGAGUGGUUAUGUCAUGUUGUUCUCCCUGAUGGCCAUCGCUCUUACCGCAGCUGAGAAGCCGCGCCGCGCGAACUUUGAGCGCUUCUGGUACACGCACCACAUGUUCAUUGUCUUCUUCGUUUUCUGGUCUAUUCACGGCGCAUUCUGCAUGAUUCAGCCUGACUUUGCGCCCUUCUGCGAUGGAAUCGGUGUUUUCUGGGAGUACUGGAUGUACGGUGGAUUUGCCUACCUUGCCGAGCGAAUUGCCCGCGAGGUGCGAGGACGUCACAAGACCUACGUAUCCAAGGUCAUCCACCACCCCAGCAACGUCUGCGAAAUCCAGAUUAAGAAAGAACACACUACGACCCGUGCUGGCCAGUACAUCUUCCUGUGCUGCCCCGAAGUCUCGAUUUGGCAAUACCACCCUUUCACCCUUACCUCGGCGCCUGAGGAGGACUACAUUUCUGUCCACGUCCGUAUGGUUGGUGAUUUCACCAGAAAACUCGGCAAGGCGCUUGGUUGCAACCUUGACAAGAAGGCCGGUGGUGAGAAAGACCAGGACUCCGAGGAAGUUGCUAUGCGCCAGAUCCUGCCUCGUGUGUACAUUGACGGUCCAUUUGGCUCCGCAUCCGAAGACGUGUUCAAAUUUGAGGUUGCUGUCUUGGUCGGUGCCGGUAUCGGUGUCACACCAUUCGCAUCCAUCUUGAAGAGCAUCUGGUAUCGUAUGAACUAUCCCCAAAGCCGUACGAGACUGAGGAAGGUGUACUUCUUCUGGGUUUGCCGUGACUUCGGGUCAUUCGAGUGGUUCCGCUCCCUUCUUCUUGCUAUUGAAGCGCAGGAUCUCGACGAUCACAUUGAGAUCCAUACUUACCUCACUGCCAAGAUCAAGGCCGACGACGCAACGAACAUCAUGAUCAAUGACGCCAACGCCGAGCAAGACGCCAUCACUGGCCUGCGCGCACCAACAAACUUCGGUCGCCCCAAUUGGGACAUGAUCUUCAAGUCUAUCCGCAAAAUCCACUCGCCCGCUGAGGCAGGUGUAUUCUUCUGUGGCCCCAAGGGAUUGGGAAGCACGCUGCACGUAAAAUGUAACAAGUGGAGUGAGCCAGGGUUCAGUUUCGUUUGGGGUAAGGAGAACUUCUAGAGGCAGCGCAAGAAGAGACUUAUAUCCGAUUAUCAUACAUCGCAGAUACAAGAUUGGGGGACUAUUCAGCAUUCAUCGAUGAGAAAAAUGGUGGAUGAUAUUACGCAUGUUGCAAGCUAUUACAAUUGUACAUAAUUGGCGGUGGUGUUGCUUCUCAGCCAGGUCCGCGCGCAGGACACUCGGACUUUCACG